CUUCUUUCUUCUCCUCAAUAGCUACCUAGAUUUUUCUACUUAACUUCUUGACAAGUGCUCGCCAUUCAUUUCUCUCUACAAAAUCCCCCAAUAUCCAAUCUCCUGCAAAACAUUAGCCCACUUUUUAGUUUUUCUGUUACUUUAAAACUCUAUAAAACAUACACAGAUUUCAAUGGCGGCCAUUUCUACCACUGAUUCAACAGCUACUGUCGUGAAAGAAAUGAACGAUUCUGAUUCUGCUCCUUUUGAAGUGGCUAAAUCUUUAGGGUUCAUUCCUUACCCGAGUCAGCCCAAAAGAACUCGCUUCAUGGCUCAGCUCCUGUUUAGGGUUUUAGCCAUUGCUUUUACAGUUGCUUCCAUUUCUGUUAUGGUUACAAGUGACCAGACUAUCUUAAUCUUCGGAAUCACCACUCAAGCUCGUUACAGUUACUCUUCUGCCUUCAGGUUCUUGGUCGGAGCAGAAGCUGUGGUGUGCGGCUUCUCUGUACUGUCACUAAGUUUGCUUUGCCUAAUGAGUAGGUCAGAGGCAAUACUUAGGAAAAAUUUCUAUCUGUUCUUACAUGAUAUGCUAAACCAAUCAUGGGGCAACUCCAGGAUUAAAGUUGCCAUCUCUCUUUUUGGCGAUGAUGGUGGUGAUGGUAUCGGGAUGUGCAGCAGCAACGGCGAUAGGUUACGUGGGUCGAUACGGAGAAAAAGAGAUAACGUGGGCGGCGGUAUGCGAUUAUAUAGACAAAUUUUGCAACCAAACAUUGGUGUCAAUUGUGCUAGCCUACCUUGCUUUCUUUUGCUAUCUUGCACUCACUACACUCUCUGCCCAUCAACUUAUGUCUACUAAUGAGUAGUACUUAAUUUAGUCUCUAUUACAGACAGAUCCAUGAAGAUGAAGAAGACAUUAUAAGUUAUAACAUUAAUUAUGACCAAACUAUAUAUAUAGUCUGCUGAUGAAUUUAAGGAUCUAGAAGAAAGUUUACUUAUGUACCAAUCUCAAUACUAUAGAGGACAAGGACUGUCAAUUUUUAAAUGUUUUAUGUUAUCAUAUAUAGUUAGGAGAUUUCAGUUA